AACGAGAAAAUGUACAAAACACUGGUUUAUUCAUCUUAUUAUACUGUGAAUCGUCGGUUUUUUUUCUAUUCCUUGCUUGAGUGUGAUUGAAAUGUUAUUUAUAGCUGUGCGACUUUCGGUUUGAGAACUCAACGUCAUGCUUGGAUGUCUCGCUACACAUAUAUAAAGUGAAAAGUAUCCCGGCAUCCAAGGCGCAAAUACUCCGAAUAUAUCAGCUAUCCCUGAUGAGCCAUACGAACCCUGUAUCCUACAAUACACUCGCUCAGCGCUUCCAUGACCGAUUGGACACGUUAACCGAACAUGGCGAUACCAAGCCCUUCUUCCUGUGGCAUAUGCUUGUACUGUUUGGUCUUCCGCUAUCGGCAUUGCUUGUGCUCCAUUAUGAUGGCUCAAGAUUUAUACGGAGAUCAAUUUUCGCUUUGAUUCUCGGUGUGGCGUUUGAUUUGAUCAAAUACAGACGGUCACAGCUGGGUGCGAAUGGCUAUAUGCUGGGUGUGCUGACGACAUACUGGGUUAUCUGGUGCGCAACACUGCUUAUAUUCAAUGAUGUGGAGAAGAAAUUCAAACGGAUUGAGAGACGAACUGCUCCAGCAAAUGUGGGACCUGAAGAUUCUGGGUUUAUCGAUAUGGACAAGGAUGGUGAUGUAGACAGCUGCGAUGUACAAACCAGUGGCUCCGACGGUGGCCCGACCCCGACAUAUAACCCAGGGCCCAAUAAUGAUUCUGCAAAGAGACAGGGAUAUGGAGAGCCUAAGAGUCAGAAAGAAGUGCUUAUAUGGCAGGCAUAUCCCCAGUCCUUUCUACACCGUCUCAAUUGGGCAUUCGACCUAUUGAGCAACAUGAGAGGCCCUCAAUGGAACUGGCGCGUUUCUACCAUGGGACCGCUCCCGGCAUCUGUUAACGCUCAAUUAAACCCAGGGAAGCGGGAUACCUCACGGGAACUGAACGACUCUGAAGUCCUGGAUGCUAGGACCCGCCUGAAGAUUGCAUUUGCAUCCUUUGUGAAGUCGUACCUCCUCUUAGAUUUCGUCAAAGUCCUCAUGAUGCGAGACCCUUAUUUUAUAGGCAUGGCGUCACCUGGUAUACCACCGCCAUUUCCGUUCAACUAUCUUAGCGACAUCCCAAGCGGCAUCACUUUAUACCGUCAUAUGUUGACAGGAUAUGGCGUUUAUAUUGCCCUGAGUUAUGGAACCUCGUUCGGUCCACCGAUAUUCCUUGGACUAUCUGUUGCCUUUCCGAACUUUGCACGGGCUAUAACAUCCGUCCCUCUCGACGCUCCUUGGCUCUACACGGAUACCUUUGGCCCAUUCUUCAAAUCUGCGCUGGAACACGGUCUUGCUGGAUGCUGGGGCCGAUGGUGGCAUCAACUAUUCCGUGUCGGAUUCACGAAUGCAGGUCGUUGGAUUUUAUCUCUAUUACCACAACGACUAGCGACAAAUAACAAUAUCCGGCGCGCUGUCAUCGCAUUCGUCGCAUUUUCUCUUAGUGGACUCCUUCAUGCUUUUGGGAGUUAUACCCAACUGGGAGAUACGAGGCCACUCGGCCCGUUUAUGUUCUUUAUCCUACAGGCCGUUGGCAUCACUAUCGAAGAUACAUUCAAGAGGAUCAUCUUGCCAUCCGUGCUUCCAUACAAGUUACCCCGAUGGCUACGUUGGACCGGGAACGCCUUGUUCGUGUACUUUUGGCUUACGACUACGGGAGGAUAUGCUGCGGAUGACUUUGCAAGGGGUGGUAUGUGGACUACUGAGCCUAUACCUGUUAGUCCAAUUCGUGGAUUAGACCUGGGUGUUCAAGGAGAGGGGUGGUGGUGUUGGAAGGAGCCAUGGUUUCGGCGGAUUAGGGGUGAACAGUGGUGGGAGAGUGGGCUGCAGGUUCUAUGAAAUGUGAAGAUACGCCUUUUGAUAUAGCAUAUAGACAGAAUAUAGAACUUGUUGUUUAUAACGCUUUUGAUAUAUAAAUUUUUAUUUGCAAAUAUAUUUACCCA